ACACGGUGAACGCAGCGUCCGCCAGGAAGCCACAGUUCACCCGUUGAUCCGAGGACCGUGUGAGUCAGCGGGACUUGGACCGGUGACCCCUGCUCGUCGGUGCGAGGGACCCGGGGGGAGGAGCGGCGAGAAACCGGUGUGUAGCUCCGUGAAGGCGGCGCGCAGGAGGAAGUGUACCCGCCCGCUCCAACCUCUCUGCCUGCGGUCAUGGCUGCUCUCGGGAACUCGGGGGCCGCCUCCAGCCCGAUGGUGGUCCUGGCUCCGAAGACCAAGACGAAGAAGAAGCACUUCGUCCAGCAGAAGGUGAAGGUGUUCCGGGCCAGCGACCCGGUGCUCAGCGUCUUCAUGUGGGGCGUCAACCACUCGAUCAAUGAUCUCAACCAGGUGCCUGUUCCUGUCAUGCUCCUCCCUGACGACUUCAAGGCCAACACCAAAAUCAAAGUGAACAACCACCUCUUCAACAAAGAAAACCUUCCGGGCCACUUCAAAUUCAAAGAGUACUGUCCUCAGGUCUUCCGAAAUCUAAGGGAACGCUUCGGUAUUGAGGAUCUGGACUAUCAGGUGUCGUUGACUCGCAGCCCUCCAUCGAGGAGCGUAGACGACCAAGAGGUUCUGCUCCUCAACUCCUACGACCGCACGCUGGUCAUCAAGCAGAUCUCCAGUGAGGACGUGGCCGACAUGCACGGCAUCCUGUCCGAGUAUCACCAGCACAUCGUGAAGUGUCAUGGCAGCACCCUGCUGCCUCAGUUCCUGGGCAUGUACCGGGUGGGCGUGGACAGCGAGGAGACGUACCUGAUCGUCAUGAGGAACAUGUUCAGCCACAGACUGCCGGUGCACAGGAAGUACGACCUGAAGGGCUCUCUGGUGGCUCGUGAAGCAAGUGACAAAGAACGGGGUAAAGAUCUUCCCACCUUCAAAGACAUGGACUUCAGGAACAACAUGCAGAGGGUGUUCGUGACCGAGGAGGAGAAGGAGAAGGUCAUGGAGAAGCUGAAACGCGACGUGGAGUUUCUGGUGAAGCUGAAGAUCAUGGACUACAGUCUGCUCCUCGGGAUCCACGAUGUGGGCCGAGCUGAGCGGGAGGAGGACGAGGGGGAGGAGGUUUCCAACGAGGAGGAGCCGGAGGCGGAGAACGGCAUGGCGAUGGGCGCCACGGCGGGAUCCUAUGGAACCUCUCCAGAGGGAAUCGCUGGCUACAUGUCCUCCUGCAAACCUCUGGGGCCCGGAGAGUUCGACCCGUACGUGGACGUGUACGCCAUCAGGAGCUGCUCAGGAGCUCCUCAGAGGGAAGUUUACUUCAUGGGUCUGAUCGAUGUCCUCACUCAGUACGACACCAAGAAGAAAGCUGCUCACGCUGCGAAAACCGUCAAACACGGGGCCGGAGCUGAGAUCUCCACGGUCCACCCGGAGCAGUACGCCAAACGCUUCCGUGACUUCAUCUCAAACAUCUUUGCGUAGCGGUGGUGGAGCGACGCCACAAACUGAUCCAGACGAAGCUCAAAGUCGAUAAUAUCACUGACCAGAAAUUGUCACUGCACACGAGACAUCUGAGGCGCGACUACAAAAUGUAUGACUUCUGAUGCAUAUAUUUAUUUUUAAGAUUUAAAAAAACUGCAUUUCUUAUAAAUGCUCAGCACUCUAAAUGGAAGCGAGGGGACGUGGAGACAAACUGCUGUUGAUCAGUGUUGGACAUCAUCGGGGACAGAGACGAGUGUCUUUCACUUUGCUCUGGUUCUUGAGGACGAACUAAAUUUGAACGAGACAGAUUUUCAGUCUCUCGUUGGAAGAGAAGAUUAAAUUAAUUAUGAAGCCAGAUCGACAGUUUAUUCUUGUUUGUCCCCGGACGUCACGUCUUCCAGAAGAUCGUCUUCUCACUCCACCUUCCACUUCCAAACACUCCUCCACACAAACCAGUUCUGUUCUCUCCCGGACGUUAUUUAUCUUCUCCUCUAACUCAGCCAAAAAGUCCCAACAUGUCAAACUCUUCCUUUUUUAAAUGGUAGAAUAAUCUUUGAUAACAGGUGUAGGGUAGAUAACAGGGUGAAUGUGGACCGUGCCAAACGUGUGGGAUCAAAGCAGGACUUGCACUUUUAUUUUAAACCAGAAUUUGAAUUGCUCGGUUUGUGUUUUCCAACAAAAACGUCUAAUAAAUUCAGUGAGAUCCUGUUUGGACCUGAUGUCAGCGUCUGUCCUGAGGGAUCAGAUCCGAACAGGGCAGGUCUGAACCUAAUGAAUCAGGUCUGAGAUCUGCGGCACAUUGUUAUCAGUGUGUCAACCUGGGCCACAGGAGACAAGUCAGCUGACGUCUCUGACUCCACACAGAUCAACACAUAAUGACUCAAGCUUUUCUUCUACACACACACACACACACCAGGGCUGUCACACAUCUGGGUUUUCAAAUGUAUUUGAAAAAAUAUGUCAAUAUCAUGAGACAUCUAUGAACUGGGUAGAAACGUCAGGAUUACACUUCGAACACAUGAGUCUUGAUGAUUUGCAUAAAGAGCAGGAAGUCGACCAGCUGACCUCUGACCUCUCAGGACCCAUCAGCUCUGACCUGGGUCUAAAUGCUUGGUGUUUAAAUGGGGAACAUAUCUUAUUAAUAAGCGUCUGAGCUGAAGCUGCGUUCAGGAUCAGUCCCGAUGUUUUUAAAUGAAACUCACGUCGACGCUUCCUGUUGAUGAGUCCGUUCACCAGUCGCCCUCUUCGUGGAAAAACAAGCGCUGAUGUGAAACAUUGUCAUAGGAUAAGAUUUAGCAAUAGAAGCAGGAAGUGUUGUGUGUGUGUGUGUGUGUGUAGUGUAGCGAUGUAGUGCUAACCAGGCUGCUGUGUUAAAUCCUUUGACAGUAACACUACAUGUCAGUAGCGUGUGCAGUUCGCCUUAACACAGUGAGACACUGACGCCUCAUACGUGAUCGCACAUGUUGUAUUUUUGCAAAUCAGCUUUUGGACCAAAAUAUAUUUUAUGAAGAAUU